CCCUCCCGCUCCACCCGGGGGAAGGUGUUCCCGAGACCGCUCCCAGCCUCUCCCCGCCUCCAGGCCCCAGCCUCCGCCGGCGGAGCUCCACUAUGCCAGACAGUUUCGACACUUUGCGGAGACAAAGACCAGAGGCAGGAGGAAGAGGAGGGAGAGGAGGGAGCGGAGCGGAGAGCCCAGGAACGGGCGAUGUGAGCGGGGACAGGGGCGCGUGUCCGGGACGCCCUCCGAAGCCCCGGUGCCCCGAAGCCGCGGGAGUUCCUGCGCGUCCCCAGCCGCGCGGGUCCCAUCUUCAGACUCAGCAUUUCUGACCUGGAAAUGCCAACAGGACUCAUCGGCGUCGCCAGGGGCGGUGGUGGCCGGACGCUCUGAGCCUCGUGGCCAGGACCGUUCCAUUGGAAGACCCGAGAUGGACAGUCCCUCCGCCGACUGAGAUGAAGAAGCUGAGGCUCAGAGAGGUUAAAGAACUCGCCCGAGGUCACACAGCCGAUGACAGACAGCCCUCGGUGCCUUCGUCAAGCCCACUGCCUCCGGCCACGUCUCUGGUGGCCGUGUGGUCGGACUGAGCUCUGACGGCAUCAGCACACACAGCCUUCCCGGACGGAGGACGGCGGCACAGCGGCUCCUGGUCCCCCACCGUGACCCUGCCUCCCAGGCCCUCCCCCAGCGGGACCCGGCACUUCACAGCGUCAGUGCCCCUCCGCCCCUUUGGAUGGGAAAGGCGAUCACGGGUCUUACGUCGGAUGAUCGCUUCGCGGAGAGACAGUUCCGGCUGUCCGAGGGGUGCUGAUGCGGCAGGCGCCUUUAGGUUCCGCAAGAGACAGGUUUGCUGCAAGAAGAGGCAUCCCGCAGCCUGAAUGACCCCCGUGGCCUUCGGGUGUCACAGGGUGAUUUCCGGUGCCCGAGGGUGACCGUCGCCAGGCGGAAGCGAAGUUGACCAUAGCGAGCCUCGGGGGGCCCCCCCGCGCCCCUUGGACACCCACGCCUCGCCUUGCGGGACGUGAUUUCCUGCAGCUCGUCGCCGGGGAGCCCCGUGGGGAAAGCCGCCAUGGUGACCCUGCGGAGAAGGACCCUCAAAGUGCUCACCCUCCUCGUCCUCUUCGUCUUCCUCACCUCCUUCCUCCUGAGCUACUCGCACACCGCGGCGACCUCCCCCUGGCUGCCCAGGCAGCUGGUCCUGGAGCUCUCCGACAGCUUCCGGCGGCUGCUGGCCUUCUCCCGCCGGCCCUGCACCUGCGCCCGCUGCGUCGGCCAGCGGAGGGUCUCGUCCUGGUUCGACGACAGGUUCAACUGGUCCAUGCAGCCGCUGCUGACCGCGAAGAACGCGUUCUUGGACGAAGACACCUAUAGGUGGUGGCUGACGCUGCAGCGGGAGAAGCAGCCCCGCGACCUGAACGACACCCUCAGGGAGCUGCUCCGCGUGGUGCCCCCCAACGUGGACCCGCUGCUGGAGAAGAAGGCGGGGGGCUGCCGGCGCUGUGCCGUCGUGGGCAACUCGGGCAACCUGCGGGAGUCCUGGUACGGGCCUCACAUCGACAGCCACGACUUCGUGCUGAGGAUGAACAAGGCCCCCACCGCGGGGUUCGAGGCCGACGUGGGGAGCAAGACCACCCACCACUUCGUGUACCCCGAGAGCUUCCGCGAGCUGGCCGAGAACGUCAGCAUGGUGCUGGUCCCGUUCAAGACCCUGGACCUGGAGUGGGUGGUCAGCGCCACCACCACCGGCACCAUCUCCCACACCUACAUCCCUGUCCCCUCGAAGAUCAAAGUGCGGAAGGAUCAGAUCCUGAUCUACCACCCGGCCUUCAUCAAGUACGUCUUCGACAACUGGCUGCAGGGCCAUGGGCGCUACCCGUCCACCGGCAUCCUCUCCGUCAUCUUCUCCCUGCACGUCUGUGACGAGGUGGACCUGUACGGCUUCGGGGCGGACAGCAGAGGAAACUGGCACCAUUAUUGGGAAAACAACCCGUCGGCGGGGGCUUUCCGCAAGACCGGGGUGCAUGACGGAGACUUUGAGUCCAACGUGACCACCACCUUGUCGUCCAUCCACAAAAUCCGGAUCUUCAAGGGGAGAUGACGCCGCGAAGGGUCGCGGACGGCCACAUCCGCGCAGUCACUCACAGCAGCCCCAGCUCCUCGCCGGGGCUGUUCCUUCCGUUCCGGGGGCUCCCGGGGCCAGCCUCGCGCACCCCAACAUUUGACAGCAUCUACUCAGCAAUGUCACCGGGCUGCAGAGCACGUCUGAGCGACCCUCCCGGCUCUCCCCGCGCCGGGAAAAGGUGGAGACGCGGGGGAAGUCCGUUCUCCGAAUACGGCUGCGGAAGACGGGGG